AUGGGAAUUAUGUCUGAACACCAAUUCAUCGUUGAAGGCGACAAGCACGAGUUCGACCCAGAGAAAUGGGUCGGAACUAGCCCUGACGGCCUCCCCAAACGGCACCCAGAAACGCACGUCGACGUGCUGAUCGUGGGCGCUGGGGUUGGAGGCCUAAUGACCGCGCUGGAGUGUUGGCGCAAGGGACACAACGUGGUAGGCAUUCUCGAGCGCAACUCCGGUCCGAAUUAUAGCGGCGACCUGAUCAUCAUCCAACCCUCCGCCGUGGCUGUACUCCGCCACUGGCCGGAGAUGUACCGGGAGAUUGAAGACGACAAGGUCGACGCACCCACCUUCUACGUCCGCCACACGGGGGAGGUCAUCUACGGACCGUCCAAUCCGACCUACAACGACCCGGAGCACGCGGCGGAGCGCAAGAACCACCCGUUCGUGGGGCCGGUACAGAUCCGCAAGCAAUUCUACCAGAUGCUGCUCCGACAAGUCGCGCGACUAGGGCUACGCGUUGAGUAUGGGCAGCGGGUGGACAGGUACUUCGAGGACGAGGGGGCCGGGGUCGCGGGCGUGGUGGUUGCGGACGGCAGCGUUCGGGUCGCGCAUAUCGUCGUGGCCGCCGAUGCAUUCCGGUCGCGGUCGGAGCUGCUGGUGGCCGGGGAGCACAUGCCUACGCGCUCCAGCGGCAUGUCCGUCUACCGGUGUGCGUAUCCGCGGGCGCUGACGGCGGGCGAGCCAGCAGUGCAGGCGCGAUGGCCGCUUGGGGCAGGCUCGACCAAGGAGUACUGGCUGGGGCCCGGGAUGCACAUGGGACUGUUUGUGUCGGACGAACUGGUCGCGUUCGGGCUGACGCCACGCAACAGCUUCCUACUUGACGGUAGCAGCGAGCCCGCCGAGUCGUGGGACCCGGAUGUCGACCCUGAUGAGGUGCUGCAGGUGCUGCAGCGUGUGCCAGACUGGGACCCUGCCAUCGCCGGGUUGAUUCGGAGUGCCCCCCGCGGCGCCAUCAUCCACUGGCCGCUGCUCUGGCGCAAUCUGCGCCCCGAGUGGACCUCCAAGGGCGGCCGGGUCGUGCAGCUGGGUGACUGUGCCCAUUCCAGUGUGCCCGCCUCUGCCGCAGGAGCGACGCUUGCCCUCGAGGACGCCGUCACCCUGGCCGCGUGUCUGCAGCUCGCUGCCGCUGGGGGCCCGCCCGGUGCACCGCUCGGGACCAAGGUGUAUAACCUGCUGCGGUACCAGCGUGUGAGCUGUGUCCAGAAGAUGGCUUUUGUCAACUCGCAGCUGCUGAACGCCUCCUCCGCCAACUGGGAGGCCAUCAAGCAGGACCCCAAGCAGGUUCGCAUCCGCUUCCCCAAGUGGGUGUUCCGCCACGAGCCCGAGGCGUAUGCGUACGAGAAGUACGGGCAGGCUUUUGCUCAUCUGGUCGGCGGGGAGGAGUUUGUAAAUACCAAUUUCCCGCCAGGCCAUCGCUUCGUGCCGUGGACUAUUGAGGAGGUACAGCAGCUGAUUCGCGAGGGGAAGCGUGUGGAGGAUCUGUUAGACGGGGAUUGGUCAUAA